GUAUGAGCCUAUAACUUCCUGCUACAGCUCUGUGCACUUUCUGUUCAGAGGUGUCAGAAACCCACAGACAGCCAUUGAAAUAACAGCAAGUACUCCAACUCUCCAUCUACUUUCUUUAACCGUGUCUCUCAUUUUGUGCCUCCUACGAAGAUGUUUCGGGGAUCUCUGAUCUUGGUCGCUCUACUCUUGAACUUCAGCCUUGCAGGUGAGAAUCCUGUUUUAUUUUACAUUAAAUGUUUUAUUCCAUCAUGGACAAGUACAUUUAUACUAUAUAUAUAUAUAUAGAGGGACCGUCACGAACGUUGAGAGAUGGGUCAGACCAAGGUGCAGCGUGAAAAGCGUACAUGUUUAUUAAACUCAAUAAACAUAAACAAAACAAGAAAACAACGUAACGUGAAGUCCAAAGGGCUAUACACAUACAGUGGGGGAAAAAAAUAUUUAGUCAGCCACCAAUUGUGCAAGUUCUCCCACUUAAAAAGAUGAGAGAGGCCUGUAAUUUUCAUCAUAGGUACACGUCAACUAUGACAGACAAAUUGAGAAUUUUUUUCUCCAGAAAAUCACAUUGGAGGAUUUUUUUAUGAAUUUAUUUGCAAAUUAUGGUGGAAAAUAAGUAUUUGGUCACCUACAAACAAGCAAGAUUUCUGGCUCUCACAGACCUGUAACUUCUUCUUUAAGAGGCUCCUCUGUCCUCCACUCGUUACCUGUAUUAAUGGCACCUGUUUGAACUUGUUAUCAGUAUAAAAGACACCUGUCCACAACCUCAAACAGUCACACUCCAAACUCCACUAUGGCCAAGACCAAAGAGCUGUCAAAGGACACCAGAAACAAAAUUGUAGACCUGCACCAGGCUGGGAAGACUGAAUCUGCAAUAGGUAAGCAGCUUGGUUUGAAUAAAUCAACUGUGGGAGCAAUUAUUAGGAAAUAGAAGACAUACAAGACCACUGAUAAUCUCCCUCGAUCUGGGGCACCACGCAAGAUCUCACCCCGUGGGGUCAAAAUGAUCACAAGAACGGUGAGCAAAAAUCCCAGAACCACACGGGGGGACCUAGUGAAUGACCUGCAGAGAGCUGGGACCAAAGUAACAAAGCCUACCAUCAGUAACACACUACGCCGCCAGGGACUCAAAUCCUGCAGUGCCAGACGUGUCCCCCUGCUUAAGCCAGUACAUGUCCAGGCCCGUCUGAAGUUUGCUAGAGUGCAUUUGGAUGAUCCAGAAGAUGAUUGGGAGAAUGUCAUAUGGUCAGAUGAAACCAAAAUAGAACUUUUUGGUAAAAACUCAACUUGUCGUGUUUGGAAGACAAAGAAUGCUGAGUUGCAUCCAAAGAACACCAUACCUACUGUGAAGCAUGGGGGUGGAAACAUCAUGCUUUGUGGCUGUUUUUCUGCAAAGGGACCAGGACGACUGAAAGGAAAGAAUGAAUGGGGCCAUGUAUCGUGAGAUUUUGAGUGAAAACCUCUUUCCAUCAGCAAGUGCAUUGAAGAUGAAACGUGGCUGGGUCUUUCAGCAUGACAAUGAUCCCAAACACACCGCCCGGGCAACGAAGGAGUGGCUUCGUAAGAAGCAUUUCAAGGUCCUGGAGUGGCCUAGCCAGUCUCCAGAUCUCAACCCCAUAGAAAAUCUUUGGAGGGAGUUGAAAGUCCGUGUUGCCCAGCGACAGCCCCAAAACAUCACUGCUCUAGAGGAGAUCUGCAUGGAGGAAUGGGCCAAAAUACCAGCAAGUGUGUGAAAACCUUGUGAAGACUUACAGAAAACGUUUGACCUGUGUCAUUGCCAACAAAGGGUAUAUAACAAAGUAUUGAGAAACUUUUGUUAUUGACCAAAUACUUAUUUUCCACCAUAAUUUGCAAAUAAAUUCAUAAAAAAUCCUACAAUGUGAUUUUCUGGAUUUUUUUCCUCAUUUUGUCUGUCAUAGUUGACGUGUACCUAUGAUGAAAAUUACAGGCCUCUCUCAUCUUUUUAAGUGGGAGAACUUGCACAAUUGGUAGCUGACAAAAAAAAAAAUUCCCCACUGUACCAGCCUGACAGGAAACAAGAUCCCACAAUCAACAGUAGGCAAUAGGCUGGACCCUGGUGUGGAAGACCCCGAACCUGGAGAGGGGCUGACUUCUGGGUCUGAAGUGGAGUCGCUGACCGGAGCUGAACUGGACCCCGGUGGAGAAGACUGCUCUGGCUCCGGAGUGUAACCGCUGACCGGAGCUGGACUGGAACCCGUUGGAGCGGACUGCUCUGGCUCCGGGGUGGAGCCGCUGCCCGGAGCUGGAUCAGGCACCGGUGGAGCGGAUUGCUCUGGCGCCGGAGUAGAGCCGCUGACCGGAACUGGACUGGGCACCGGUGGAACAGGCCGGGCCGGACUGGGGACACGCACCACUGGUCUGGUGCGAGUAGCAGGAAUGGGCCGGGCCGGGCCGGACUGGGGACACACACCACAGGUCUGGUGCGAGGAGCAGGAACGGGCCGGGCCGGACUGGGGACACGAACCACUGGUCUGGUUCGAGGAGCAGGAACGGGCCGGACCGGACUGGAGACAAGCACCACAGGUCUGGUGCGAGGAGCAGGAACAGGCCGUGCCGGACUGGAUACACGCACCACUGGCUUGGUGCGGGCAGCAGGGACGGGCCGUACUGGACUGGAUACACGCACCACUGGUUUGGUGCGGGGAGCAGGUACGGGGCUUACCGGGCUGAUGAGGCGCACUGGUGACACAGUGCGUAGAACCGGAGCAGGAUAUACUGGACCGUGGAGGCGCACUGGAGACCAGGAGCGUUGAGCCGGCACAACCCGUCCUGGCUGGAUGCCCACUUUCGCACGACACGUGCGGGGCGCUGGCACAGGACGCACUGGGCUGUGCAUGCGCACUGGCGACACAGUGCGUAUCUCCGCAUACUUAGGUUCCUCUAUGAACACACGCUCCUUCUGUUGCCUGACCAGCUCCUCUCUCCUUGCCUCCACUACUUCCUUCUCCCUUUGAGCCUCCUGUAGCGCCUCCCUCUGAACGGAUACCUCCUGCUCCCUCUGAUCUAACAGCCCCCGUAACGUGGUGGCCUCCUCUCUCAGACUCUCGAUCCGCAGGUCUUGGAGGACCUCUAGAAUAGCGGCCUCCUCCUCUCUAGUCAGCCCUUUCCCGGCCUCCUGCUGUCUCGUCGUCCACCCCGUGAGCCCCCCCAAAAUGUUUCUUGGGGCUGCUUCUCGGGCUUCCUCUUCGGCCGGCACUGUUGAUGUCGCCGUUGAUCCUCUCCUGCCUGGGCUUCCUCCUUCGCCCAGGGUCCUUUACCUGCCAAUAUCUCCUCCCAAGUCCAAAAUGACUUCCCCACCUGUGUCCAGGGUGUCUGCUGCUCCUGGGCACGCUGCUUGGUCCGUUUUUGGUGGGAUCUUCUGUCACGAACGUUGAGAGACGGGUCAGACCAAGGUGCAGCGUGAAAAGCGUACAUGUUUAUUUAACUCAAUAAACAUAAAUAAAACAAGAAAACAACGUAACGUGAAGUCCAAAGGGCUAUACACAUACCAGCCUGACAGGAAACAAGAUCCCAUAAUCAACAGUAGACAAUAGGCUACCUAAUUAUGAUCCCCAAUCAGAGACAACGAGCGACAGCUGCCUCUGAUUGGGAAUCACACCCGGCCAAACCUAGAAAUACACAUCUAGAUCCUAAACAUAGAAAUUCUAACAUAGAUCCUCACGCCCUGACCAAACCAACUAAAGACAACCGGCCUCUCAAGGCCAGGGCGUGACAGGGACAUGUAUAAUCAGUGUACUAUGACAAUUACUCCUGAUCCUCAACCUAAUGGGCUAGUAAUACAGCACUCUAUGCAAUAGAUUAUUUAAGCAAUAAAGCACGAGGGGGUGUGGUAUAUGGCCAAUAUACCACGGCUAAGGGCUGUUCUUACGCACAACGCAUCACGGAGUGCCUAGACACAGCCCUUAGCUGUGGUAUAUUGGCCAUAUACCACAAACCCCCGAGGUGCCUUAUUGCUAUUAUAAACUGGUUACUAACGUAAUUAGAGCAGUACAAAUAAAUGUUUUGUCAUACCCGUGAUAUACCACGGCUGUCAGCCAAUCAGCAUUCAGGGCUUGAACCACCCAGUUUAUAAUUAUCUUUACAUUACAUGUGUAAUUCAUUAUUUGCAGUAUUACAACAUGAACAGAUAAAAAUAGUAGGCCUGCGGUUGAUACAUUUUUUUUUCAUUAGUGAUAUCUAUGAUGGUAUAGUGAUGAUGAUGAUGAUGAUGCAAUGUGAUCCUAUAAUGUGUGCAGAGGCCCAAGUGCCAGAUGGGAAACUGUGUUAUAUCCUGGAUGGGAUUCUCGUGAUCUACGGCGUCAUUCUCACCAUCUUGUACUGCAGACUGAGGGUAAGGAAUUAUAAACGCACUAUAACACAUUAUAAAACAUCUCACCAUCCACAAAACAUAUGAUCCAUCUGGGUAUGCAGCUCACACAUAUCUCCAUGACCACAUUAAUAAUAUUCAUACUGUAAAAUGCUAUUUAUAUUUCAACAAUAAUAGCACAUUCAAGACAUCAAUAACAAUAUAACUGCCUCAGCAAUUGAAGAUCAGCUCCCACAUAAAUAGAAUACGUUUCACAUUCACACAGUUGUUUAAUUAAAAUGAUAUUCAUCAUGUUCCUCAGAUGCAUCCCAUCUACAUAAACACUGGCGGGUAUCCACAGGGCACUGGCGGGUAUCCACAGGUACAAUAAACAUUUGUGUGCGUGUGUAAGAGGGAGAGAAAAUAAGAGCGAGAGAGAAUGUGAAUGUGUAUUGGGCAUGUAUAUAUGACACAAUACUCUCAAUAACCAAUAUUCAACUGUAGCUUUCUUUACAAACCAGAAAAUGUAUGUAUACAUCUGAAUGUUGAUCAAAUUCAGCUGGCGAAAUGAUUCAUCCUGGUUGUUCAAGAAAUUAGCGAUGUAAGAGGAAUAUGUCAAGUCAUAUGCUGUUUUACCAUGUCACCUCGAAGCCCACAGUUCUGCUUUUCCUGUUAACGAGAACUGACCACCAACCCUGCUACUUAUAAACACAGUUUCCAUUACAGUCAGACUAAAACGCAACACUAUAUCCUGUUACACAGAAAAGAUUACGUGAUAGAAAGAAAAUCAAACUACAGUGGAAGCUAAGAGUAGUGAAAGCUUUAAACGGUCAUAUCAUCACCCUCUGUCUCUAGUCUUCUACACCAAUUCCUGUCUUUGCCGAUAAAAAUAAAUAGAGAAGGAGAACAUGAGAUAUAGGGAAGGAGGAAUGAUGUUCUCCUGUUAAAUGUUCUUCUGAUAAAGUAAAUUAUGUGUAUGUGUUUGUGUGUGUGCAUGUGCAUGUGUGUAUGUGUGCCUUCAGCAGAUAACAGCGCAGAUAACAGCUCUCAUAAUUUCCAUUUUACAGAAAGGAGAGGGACUUUACGCAGUAAGAUAAUUUUUCUUAUUCUUAUUAUAACUUAAAGUAUAUCAUAAAUGACACAAAGAAGAUUGCAGUUUUAAGGAUUUCAAGUUGUUUUCAAGUCCCUCACUGUGCUUCCUCUCACAGGGUUUGACCCAUAAAGGUCAGGACACCUAUGAGACCAUCAAGGUGCAGAAGAAAGCGAUGCUGGUGUGAUAAAGGAAGAAGGCAGUAGUAUGAGUGGUGGUAAACAACAAACCACAACCCGGUCUAACAUGGCAUUUCAAUUAGUUUAGAUCUACAUGACUGCUUGCUUUCCUUUCCAAAUCAUCAUGCUUAGGUGAGGUAGGGCCAGUAGUGUUGGUGGCUGUUGACUGGGGGCCCAAGAUGGGCAGUGUUUAAGAUGCAUUUAGAUUAUUCUGUAAAGCAGCCCUUUCACUUUCUAUAAUUGACUAUCAAUUAACUUGUCAUUUAAAUGUUUUUAUUUAAAAUAUUAAAUGAUUCAGAAACAACCUUAAAUCAGGGUCCGAUGUCUUUUUUUAUUACAGCUUCAUUGACAUUAAUGUAUUCUGUCCAUGUUUAAAUUGAUAUGACAAAACCAUAUGAGUGUUAUACUAC